UGUUCUGCAAGGUUCUCUUUUAUUUUGUGCAUUCACACUUCAGAAUCCUCGAUUCCUCGCAGCGCUUCGAGCAUCGAUUGCCCCAGCCCGAAGCAGCUCGUUGCCUUCCUGCCCACGACAGACAGAUCUCUCUCCAAAUUAAUAUUGUGCCAGCUGAAUGCGCGCAGUAUCAGUUCAGAGAGCUCUGCGCGCAACCAGGGCGUGACUUCCCCUCUCGCCACUUUGCGCGCAUGGAGCCCCGCAUCUCAACGGACGCGACGCUGCGCGUGGGGCCCUACCUCGAGGCCGCGGCGGCUAUGAGCCGCGCCAAGCUGGACCUGCAGGCCUCGCUCGUGUCCGCGCUGACCAAGAGCGUCCCGAGCUGGAGCGACGUCGAGCCCGACAGCGUGGACGUGGAGCACCUGGGCGGCGCCAUGACCAACCUCAUCUUCGCCGUGCACAAGCCCGAGGGCAAGCACCGCGACGUGCUCGUGCGCGUGUACGGCGAGGGCACCGAGUCCUUCUUCUCGCGCGUGGAGGAGACGCGGCUGUUCCAGCUGCUGAGCGACAAGAAGAUCGGCGUGGAGCUGCUGGGCCAGUUCGCCAACGGCCGCGCCGAGAAGCUCAUCCACGGCACGACGUACACCAGCAAGCGCAUGCGGCAGCCCGAGGAGUCCCGCAUCAUCGCCAAGCAGCUGCGCGUCUUCCACGAGCUGGACAUCGACAUCGACCGCAAGCCCACGUACCUCUCGAGCAUCCGCAAGCUGCUAGAGGUGGCGCGCGUCAAGUGCACGGCCGACAAGUUCCAGGGCGUGCUGGACCUGAAGCAGCUGGCCAAGGACGUGGACGAGCUGGAGAAGGUCCUGGCGCAGGUGCCGUCCCCCAUCGUGCUGAGCCACAACGACCUGCAGUACGGCAACAUCAUGAAGAACGACGCGGGCGACGCCGUGCUCAUCGACUUCGAGUACACGAGCUACAACCCGCGCGGCUACGACGUGGGCAACCACUUCUGCGAGUGGGCGUACGACUACCACAAGACGGUGAACGCGCACCUGGGCGACUUCUCUAAGUACCCGACGAAGGAGCAGCAGCGCAACUUCUGCCGCGCGUACCUGGCGGGCAAGGACGGCGACGAGAGCGACGUGAGCGAGAACGAGAUCGAGCAGCUGCGACUGGAGGCCAACACGUACUCGCUAGCGUCUCAUAUGUUCUGGUCCAUUUGGGGCUACAUCCAGGCGGCGCAGUCCGACAUCGACUUCGACUUCCUGGCCUACGGCAAGUGCCGCUACGACGCCUUCAAGUCACAGGUGGCGCUCAAGAACUGGCAGUGA